AUGUCUGAGGAAGGUGAGAGCCGUGCAACAAAUUAUUAUUAUGUGUGUGAGGAUGAUGAGAUUCGUGGAUUUUCGAGACAGUGUUUCUGUGGACGUGGUGUUUCGAUUUCGGUAUCAAAGACGAAGGAGAAUCCUGGUCGUCCCUUCUUUCGCUGUCCGAGUUUUAAAGAUAUUUUUUUGUCGUGA